AUGACCACCCCAAUAACAUCUUGUAUAAACAAACCAGAGUUCUCAGAAGUCUAUCCACCAUCUGAGGAUUCAUACUUAUUUUUGGACGCUUUGGAAUUGGAUUCAGAAUUUCUAUCCGGAUUAAAUCCCACCAUAACUCUUGAAAUUGGGAGCGGUAGUGGAGUUAUCAGUGCAUUUUUGUGCUCAUCCAUUUCAAAACCUUUAGUUCAUAUAUGUACAGACGUAUCUCUUACUGCAUGUUACGCAUCUUUGCGUGUGCUUAACGUAAACGUUCCCAGUACAUCGGUGACAUACGAUGUGGUUAAUUGUUCUUUAGCAACUCCCCUCUUGUCUAGACUAUAUAAAAGUGUAGAUUUAAUCAUGUUUAAUCCUCCCUAUGUACCGACAACUAUAGACGAACACAAAGCGGCUGGUUCAACUAUAGUUGCUUCAUGGUCAGGUGGGCCACUAGGAAGAGAAGUGAUUGACCCAUUUUUAAAUCAAGCUUACAGUUUGCUCUCACCACAUGGCUGCAUUUAUUUACUGUUAUCGAAAGAUAACUGCCCUGAACAAGUACAUCGUAUAAUGAAGGAGUUAUCUAAUGGAAGAAUCCACCCAAAAGAAAUUCUGCAUAGACGGGUUCAUAACGAAUUUUUAACUGUUUUUCGCUAUAGCUGUUGA